AUGAAGCCCGAUGCCCCAAUGUUUGACACAUUGUGCACGCUGCCCCUGACGGGUGAGCUGUUUGCACAGGCCGUGCAUCCCACUGCCGCACUCGUCGCUGUCGGGCUGAGCAGCGGCCAUGUCGCAUCACUCCAGCUGCCACCGGUGGACCCCAACGGUGCGAUGGUCGAAAAAGUACAGCCAUCUGGACGGAGAGGAAGUGGAGGGACCGACACUUUCGACACCACCUGGCGUACCCGAAGACACAAAGGAUCCUGUCGCUGUCUGGCGUACAGCUUGGACGGUCGGCAGUUAUAUUCCGCCGGCACAGAUGGCAUCGUCAAGGCGGCAGACAGUGAGACGGGAAAAGUGACGAGCAAAGUCGGAAUCCCCAUUGAUCCCUCCACCACAAGAACGCUGGUCGAUGCGCCUACCGUGGUGCACGCUCUUUCCCCUCAGACCCUGCUGCUCUCCACCGACUCUGGCGCAUUGCAUAUCUACGACUUGCGGGAGCCUGGAAGUGUCAUUACUUCCAAGCCCAGCCAGACAUUUCACCCACACACCGAUUAUGUUUCCUCUCUGACGCCCAUCCCGCCAUCUGCGGCUUCUACUUCCGGAUUCAGCAAGCAAUGGCUCACCACAGGUAGCACAACACUAGCUUUGACGGAUCUUCGUAGAGGCGUGCUGGCCAAGAGUGAGGAUCAAGAGGAGCUUCUGCUUUCCUGCUUAUACGUCACGGGUCUGCCUGCGAAGAAGAGCAGUGGUAGUACAGGCGAGAAGGCGGUGGUGGGUGGGGGUGAUGGCGUGAUUACAUUAUGGGAGAAGGGACAGUGGGACGAUCAGGAUGAGCGGAUUGUCGUCAGCCGGGAGAAGGAGACGCUGGAUUGUAUGGCGCAUGUGCCAUACGGUAUCGGCGGAAUGGGACACAAGGUUGCCGUGGGCAUGGGAGAUGGCAGGAUUCGAUUCGUACGGCUAGGUCAGAAUAAGGUGGUGGGCGAGGUCAUGCAUGACGAGAUCGAAGGAGUGCAGGAACUCGGAUUUGAUGUUGGUGGGAGGAUGAUCUCUGGCGGAGGCCAGACGAUCAAGGUGUGGAGGGAACAUAUUGCUGGCGAGGGCGAUUCUGACUCUGACUCCGGUGACGAAGAUGUCGCGGAGGAUGACGAUUCUGAUGCCGAAGGAGGGGAGGAAGUCGAGACUACAGCGGUCAAGAGGAGCGCCAAGGACGACUCAGAAGAUAGCGAUGCAGAGGAAGAAGAUGCCGAUAGCAGCGAUGAGGAGACGACGAGAAAGCGUCGCAAGAAGAGAAAGCGAGGCAAGGGUCCCAUCACUGCUAAGCGUAAUGGCUUGGACUUUUCCGGGCUUUGA